AUGCCUGAUCGCUUGUCUUGGGGCCUUGGUGCCCUUCAGACUCUAUUGGCAGUCUCAACUGUCUAUGCUAUCGACUGUACACCUGAGUCUUUCUCGACCAUUAUCGAAAGUAACCCAGACGCAACUGUCAAUUACGCCUAUGCAGUUCCACAAAACGGCUCAUUCGGUGUCCCGUCUUUGGCGUUCCCUACCAACGCUACAAAUCUGCCAGCCCUCUGUGCUGUUGGUAUCAACGUGAAGUCUUCAGCGAACACGUCUUACAACUUCGGUUUGUUCCUCCCGGACACAAUAUGGAACGAGAGGUUUUUGGCCACGGGCAAUGGCGGCUACGGUGGUGGCAUCAACUGGCCUGAUAUGGGAAUCUUUUCUCAUUAUGGCUUUGCCACCAUGUCAACAGACACCGGUCAUAAUGCAUCGGCUAUCAGUGAUGGAUCAUGGGGGCUUAACAACCCCGAAACAUUGAUCGACUGGGGAUAUCGCGCGAUGCAUGGCUCAGUUGCGCUGUCAAAGUCCAUUGUCACCACAUACUACAGCAUUUCGGAGGGCAUCAAGUAUUCCUACUACGCCAGUUGUUCUACUGGCGGACGUCAGGGAUUGAGAGAUGUUCAACUGUACCCUGAUGAUUUUGACGGCAUUUCAGUGGGAGCACCAGCGUGGUGGUCAACUCAUCUUGCUUCUGCAACAUUGAAGCAAGGCUUGUACAACUAUCCCACAGGCACUCCAAAAUACAUCGAUCCUUCGUUGUUCUCUACCAUCAAGGCAGAGAUGACCAAGCAGUGUGACGCGCAAGAUGGAUUAGUUGACGGGGUCGUGUCAGAUCCAUUUGGCUGCGACUUCAAUUAUCAGGAACUUCUCUGUACCUCGAGCAACUCUACAAACUGCCUGACGCCUGUUCAACUCCAAACAGUCUAUCAGUCGUUUAACGAUUGGGUCGAUGUGAAUCAAACCUUCGUGUUUCCUGGCCUCACGCUUGGCACUGACCCUGGCUUUAUGUUGGGCGGCGUUUCUCCACUUGGUUAUGGCUAUUUCCAGAGCUGGGUGUAUAACGAUACGACGUGGGAUUAUACUCAGUUCACGUAUGCCGAUGUCCAGAAAGCUGAUGAAAUCGACCCUGGUAAUGCUACCGCCGACGCCUUCGAUAUGACACCGUACAUGGACCGGGGUGGUAAAAUCCUCAUGUAUCAUGGAACCGCCGACUCUCUCAUUCCGACGGGAAGCAGCAAAGUGUUUUAUAAUAGGGUCACCGAGACUCUAGCACCCCAUGGAGUCGAAUUGGAUGACUUUUACCGCUUUUUCCUCGUUCCCGGAAUGCAGCACUGUUCUACCUCCGACGUGGCUCCGUGGUACGUUGCCGGGGGAAGUCAGCAGAUCGAGGGCAUCACACAUUCCGUUCCAGGUUAUGAGGAUGCCGACCACGACAUUAUUCUGGCUUUAAUGAAGUGGGUCGAGGGUAGCACGGCACCGGAGAAGCUUAUCGCAACCAAGUAUGUCAAUGACACCUUCGAGCUGGGGCUUGAGAGUCAGCGACCUAUUUGCGUUUACCCAAAGCAACCACAGUACAUUGGGUCUGGAGAUGUCAAUGCACCCGAUAACUGGGAAUGUAAGAGAAUUUACUAG